AAAAACAUGGGAAUGAAUCAGUUAAUUUUUAUUAGUUUAUAUAAGAUAAACAUAAUCAUUUAAAAAGUUCAGGGCUGUUAUGUGGCCAUGCAUAAAAUGGACUUCAGCAAUGGCCGAACUGGUGGCUACAGGACAUAAGCAGAGAAUAUGGUAGAUCUCCUGAUGAGAAAUCAUCCAAGUUGGUAGUAUUUCACACUUGAAAAAUGACAGAACUCAUGGCAGGUUCGAUUGAACUAUUAAAUCCUGUCAGACUAUUUUGAAUUCAGAAAACGAGAAGUAAUGAGCUGCUUUGGUAUUUUGAAAUUUUCACAGAGAACUUUCAUAUAGAGCUUUCAUCAUGCUUUGUCAUUCUCACUGGAUUUAUUGCACUUCAUAUCAGUGCUUGAACAUGGCAUUGCAUGCUCUAGAAUAAUAAAAAUGUUGUAAAAAUGAGAUAUUUAAUGAACUUUCCGAGUAAGAUUGUAAAUUACUUAACUUCACACUACCAGCAUUAAUUAACACAUUGGGCCUAGUAAAUUCAAUGAGACAUUUUUAGUAGGGAUUCUAGAAUGUCUACCUGUGAUUACCUAAUAUUUGUCAUUGUUACUAUACAGAAAUAAGAGGAAUUAACAUGCCAAUUAAUAAGAUGACUCUCAUGGCUGUGUUUUUCAUAUAUUUUUGGAGAAUUAUGUUCCUAUGAAUGGGAAAAUUUAUUUCCUUGCUUUAAAAAAUUAAUUGAAUACAUAUAUACACAGAUACCCUCUUUUAGAGGCAUAAUGUUUUAGUGGUUAGUAAUAAUUUAACAGCUAUUUAUGUGACACAUUUGGAUAAAAUAGUCUUGCAAAGGAAAUAAUUGUAGAGUUGAAGUUAACGUUAAAAAUCAAAAGAACAAAAGAUUUUGGUUUCUCUGAUCUCAAAAUAUUACAAAGGUCUAUGACAAUGUUUAUGACAAACCAGUUUCCUUUUGCUUUGUUGUAACAAUUAAUUUUCUUGUGUAUCUCUGCUGACUUUUUUGAAAGGGCAAAAUUCAGCCAUAAUUUAUCACUUUAAAUUAUUCAAGAGAAUAAAAUGCAAUCCUAACCAAUAUGAAACAGCUGCAUUUAGAAAUCAAUAGCAUACAUAUUUGCCAAAUUAUUAAUAUUAAAUAAAACUUUAUUUUCAUAAUUGUAUCAAAGAAAUUUGUUUUGUUUUAAUUUUAUGCAGGUAGCAAUUCCUGCCAACCAAAUACAUAAUGGUGGAUGCUCUCAACUUUGUUUACCAACAUCUGAAACUACAAGGACUUGUAAGUGUACAGUGGGAUAUUAUCUCCAAAAGAACUACAUGUCAUGUCAAGCCUCAUGUUCUGGACUGAAUGGGGACAAAUGCCCUGUAUUGGAAAGACUCGCUUGAAUGGCUCAGAGAAGGUCAUCCUCGUAAACAUGGAAAUAGCAUGGCCAAAUGGCAUCUCCAUCGACUAUGAGGAAAAUAAAUUGUACUGGUGUGAUGCUUGCACAGACAAGAUAGAGAGAAUCGACCUUGAGACUGGAGGGAAUCGUGAGACGAUGCUGUCAGGGAGCAAUGUGGAUAUGUUUUCCGUUGCAGUCUUUGGGUCUUACAUCUACUGGUCUGACAGAGCACAUGCAGAAAGGUCUGUCAGAAGGGGUCACAGGAAUGAUGCCACAGAAACGGUAACCGUGAGAACUGGCCUUGGAGUCAACCUGAAGGCGGUUAAAAUCUUUAACCGAGUAAGAGAGAAAUGGACCAAUGUUUGUGCCAGGGACAAUGGUGGCUGUAAGCAACUCUGUCUUUAUCAAGGAAAUUCCUGGAGAACUUGUGCUUGUGACCAUGGAUAUUUGGCAGAGGAUGGAGUUACUUGCCUAAUGCAUGAAGGCUAUUUGCUCUAUUCAGGAAGAACAAUAUUAAAAAGUAUACAUCUUUCUGAAGAAACCAAUUUAAAUUCCCCAAUAAGGCUGUAUGAGAAUCCACAUUAUUUCAAGAAUGUCAUAGCCUUGGCUUUUGACUAUAAUCAAAGAAGAAUACGUACCAACUGAAUCUUUUACAGUGAUACACACUUUGGAAAUAUACAGCUUAUUAAAGAUAACUGGGAAGACAGACAAGUAAUCUUUGAAAGUAAGUACAGCAAUUUAAUUUUAAAUAGUUUGGUGGAAACGAGUAUCAUUUAGAUUACCAGGGAAAUAAUGGUGGUAAUUUCAUGUAACAAUUACAUUUUCCUAGAGUUUAUAUUCAGGAAUGAAUGUGACUCUAUCAUUUGGCCACCCUAAAAUGUCAAAGAAGCAAUUAACUGGUAGCAUGUAUGGCAUGUAAGCUACGAUUAUUAGCUUCUAAUCAUGGAAUUUUUAAUAUGUUUUGUCAUGUUUCUUAUAAGUAACUGCACUAAAAUUAAUGGAAAAUACUUUUUCAGCAUAAAACUAUUCUGAUUGAUUUUUUUUCUAGUGGGGGAAAUUGUAUUUUUAAGAAUAUCUGUCAAGUAAUAUUCAGUUAAUCAUAGUUUCUCAAGCAAAUAUCACAGAUCAGUUUGUGUGCAUAUAUAUAAUAUAAAUACAUAGCAGCUUGAGAAAAUAUUAUAGAAAUGAUCUAAUAUUUUUAAUAUUUUUAUGGACAUAAUUAUUCAAGCAUAAUAUUCGGUGUGGAUUAUUUACAUAAUUUAGGAAAACUCUUUUCCUGUCAUUCAACUUUAACAAAAACCAUCUUCUUAUCCUCACAUAACUUCUCUCUUCUCAGUGUCUUUGUGUUAUUUUUGCAUAUUUCCCACUUUUCCAACUUUACUAUGCUGAGAUAGAUUUUUUCUUUGCUUUCUAAAUUGCAAAAUAAUAUAUAAAUUUGUUGUAGAGUGUUCAAAGAGUAUGGAUUAAAUAUGAAAUUCCUGCCUCAUCUCUGCCACCAUCAAUCCCAUUUACUUACCCAUAACUGACAUGUGGCAUACCCCCAGAAUUUUGAUAAGUAUGCAUGUGUAUCAUUUUUAAUUAUAAAAGUGGAAUGAUACUAAAUAUAUUACUCAGCUAACUGCCUUUUUUCUUACUAUAUGUUACAAAGCUUUUAUUUUAUUACAUGAGGUUUCAUCUUAUUGUUUUGAAAGCCUGUACCUAGUUCGAUUCUAAAAUAUAAGGUAGUUUAUUAAAUAAUUUUAAUAAAAAAUAUAGAUUUAGAUAACUAAACUAUAGCUAUUCAAGCCUGUGUGUGUGGUGGACAUUUUUGAAAGAAUGAAUGCAAUGAGUGUGUCACUUCAAUGUAAAUGACCUACUGUAUGUGUUGCAAAUAGUAGAAACCAAACUCUGAAGUAAAAGUUAGAAAAAUAGAAGCCUUGUAUCCACCACAGUAAUCUUGAAAGCUUCUCAUUAUUUACAGGCUUUUUUGGUCAGAUGUUGGUAAUAUUAAUGCAUGUGAUUUUGGAGUAUUACAUAAUGAAAUGUGUGAACAUUUAGAAGAUAUGCUUGUUAGAGAACCAGUAUUUUCAAAUGACGUGAUAAAAUCACGCAUGAGUAAAUGACUUAUUUAAAGUACAAGAGAGGUCAAUGAAUUUUAAUGUAAUAGAGGAUAAAAACUUCAUCACUAGGUUUUCAGAUUCCACACUGCAACUAACCUUUAAGUAACAACCACUUGUCACUUGUUGGUGUAGUAUAAAAGAAUACCCAGUUAUCUGUAAAGGCUAUUAUUAAUAUUAAGCACUCCUCUCUUUUCCAUCUACAUAACUGUGUAAGGCUGGAUUUUCUUCAUAUACUUCAACAAAAACAACACAACAGAGAGGAUAAAGAAGCAGAUAUGAAAAUCCAGCUGUCUUUUAGUAAGACAAAUAUUAAUAUAUUUGUAACAUUGUAAAACAAGGCUUUCUUUAUAUUAUUUUUGAAAAGUAAUUACUUUUCUUAGAAGGUUCUGUUUAG